AUGUCUGGCAAUGAUCAAGAGCUCUCCGAGGCCGAAAAGAUGCGCUUGAAGCGUCUUGCUAGGUUAGGCGGGCCGUCAACUUCCACGCCUUCGCCGUCCACAGCGACACCCCCAGCGGACCCUCAGACUCUAAGCGCUGCCUCUUCGUCAGGAUCGCGCCUGCUUUUGGUCGGCAAUUCUAGUCAAGGCGCGUCGCCUCGCGGCGCGUCCCCUGCUCCCGCGGCUCGCCCCGCCGAGAAGCCCAAGCCACCCCCCAAGGCCGCGUCGCCGGCUCCGGCACCGCGUGUCAUCAACAAGUCCUCCCCCGCAACUUCCCGUACCGCCACCCCAUCGACUCAUCAGACCGUCCCUUCGCCUGCGGUUCACGCGACUCCGCUAACUCCAUACCUGCAGUGGGAGUCAACCAAAGUGGCAGCUGUGUUCUCAGUGACGCUCAAGAAGUCCAUUGCCGAGAGGAGUGACUGGACCCUUUGCUGGCUCAAGAGCCUCGCUGAGGAGAUUGCUGAAGAGAGUCCAGGCGACCAUACCAAAUUGAACGUGUCGCUGGACAUUCGUGACCGGCUGCUGAUUGCGCGUUUAUCUUUGGACCCCAACGCCAUGGCGACCUCCGACGACCCGGACCAGCUCAUGGUCUUGGCUGGUAUGCCUCAGAACGAGACCGUGUUUGAGUACCUCACCGGGUGCUGGAAGCGCUUGUACGCUGCCAACCGUGAGAUGUCGCGCCUCGGCUACAGCGCUGCAGAGAAGAUUCAGUGGACCAAGGCCUUUGACGAGCUCAAGAGGCUUAUCAUCUCUUACGCGGGAAUGACCCUUGAGGACCCCAGCAUGUUCCCCCAACCGGCAGCACGCGAGGAUCUGGGUCCGGCAGAGUUCCUUCCUCUUCUUCUCGGAGUCAACGGUGGCGCGAAUUCGAACGCCGGAGAUCCAUAUACGUCUUCCACAGCCGAGCCUGCCGUUGUUCACCAGGGCGCUCUGAAGCCGAGCGAUCUUCUGCCAUUCCUCAACGACCUCAUUGCGGGGUUCCCAGACGGAAGCUUCGCGGAUGUGAUCACGCCCACGUUGAGCCUCUUCUUCCAGAAGUGGUUCCAAAUCACGCCCCCGGCGGACCUACUGGGCGACGAUUGGCGCAAGUACCUCAGUGCUGUGAACCUCCUUGUACAGGUCAAGGGCAUUGCGGCGCUCCUUCCCUCACUCCCCGUGUGGCUUGCCCCGAACGUGGCCGGCAACACCAUUGAGUGGAAGUCUCUCCUCGGACCCUUGACCCGACUGAGUGUCUUCCCUCGUGAAUUCCCUGAAAUCUGGAAGACUUACUUCUCCAACCCAACAGACCGCAAGGUCGCUGACAUUGACGCGAACAAGGCAAACCUUCGCCACACUCUCGGAGGGCUGCAGUCGUCGCUGUUCAGCAUCUACAACUCCAUCGUCAGGGCAUCGCCAGAGGCUCGCGAAGGCGUGCUGGAGUACUUCACCGUGGUCUGCAAGGUCAACCAGAAGCGUGCUGGCAUGAGGGUCGACUACAGGACCGUGUCAACAGACGGCUUCAUGAUCAACAUCCACGCCGUCCUGCUUAAGCUCUUUGAGCCUGUGAUGGAUGUUCAGUUCUCCAAGAUCGACAAGGUCGAUACCGACUACUACCUUCACAGUGAUCGGCUCGACAUCUCUGAUGAGACCAAGAUCCGCGCUACUAAGGAGGAGGCCGACCAGUACUUUGACGGUGCCAUGAAUGUCGACACCAAGCCUAACUUCAUUUCGGACCUGUUCUACCUGUUGAAUAGCAUCUUCCACCUCGGCCUCUGCAAGACCAUCGACACACGCUCCAAGGCCGAGAAGAACAUCCAGCAGAUGGAGGAUGAACUCAAGAAGCUCGAAGCUGGUCGCGCAGAGUGGGGGAACAAUCCGGCUGCCAGGGCACAAGGCGAGGCUGGGAUUACCAAGCUCAAGGUGACUGAAGGUGACGAGAAGUGUGCUUAUACACAGGCCGACAUUGCUACGCUUCACGCUUCCGUUCAUGCGUAUGACACGCAGCUUCUGGACCCGGCUUUCACUCGUUUGAAUCUCACAUUCUGUGGAUUCGUCAUGACCUGGAUGCUCCGCCUUGUUGACCCUAAACAUCAACAUCCACAGGUCUCAAUCUCAUUGCCUCUUCCCGCCGAGGCUCCCAUCCAGUUCAAGAUGCUUCCCGAGUUCCUCCUGGAGAACAUUGUCGAGUAUUACCUCUUCCUGUCUCGCUACAAUCCAGACGCACUCGACAAGGCCGACAAGGACAUCUUGAUCACCUUUGCGCUCACGUUCGUCUCACCUACUUACGUGAAUAAUCCCUUCCUCAAGGCCAAGUUGAUUAAUGCUCUCGCGAAUGGUUUGUACCCUGUGGGAUACUGGCGUAAGGGCCCACUCUUCGACCAGCUCAGUGUCCUCCCGCUGUCAACCGAGCAGCUCAUGCCGACUCUCAUUCGCUUCUUCAUCGACGUUGAAAUGACUGGCGGGCACACUCAAUUCUGGGACAAGUUCAAUUUCCGCCGUGACAUCAGUCGCAUCAUCAAGAGUAUGUGGUCAAACCCGCUUCAUCGCGAAGCUUUUGUCAAAUCUGCACGCGACGACGAGGACCAGUUCAUCCGCUUCGUCAACAUGUUGAUGAGCGACACGACGUUCCACCUGGAGGAGUCCCUGACGCACCUUGCCAAGAUUCACUCUCUCCGUGCCCGCAAGGAGGACACCGAAAGCUGGAACGCGCUCCCAGAAAACGAGAGGAAAGACCUCGAGAGCGAGCUCGCGCAGGCCGAGAGCAUCGCUCCAUUCCACACGUCGAUGGGACGUGACCACGCCGAACUGAUGCGCGACUUUACAGCGACGACCAGGGAGCCUUUCUUGGUGGGGGAGAUUGUCGAUCGUUUGGCGGCGUCACUUGAUGAGAACCUGACCAACUUGGUGGGCCCGAAGAUGCAGGAGCUCAAGCUGGUUGAUCCCGAGCGGUUCUCGUUCAAGCCCAAGCAGCUGCUGGCCGCCAUCGCCCAGAUCUACCUCAACCUGGGCGAUUCGCGCGCCUUCGUUACUGCCGUCGCCAACGAUGGUCGCAGUUACACGAAGGAGCUCUUUGAGCGGUUUGCUCGUGUGCUCAAGAAUCGCGCGAUCAUGACGGACGGUGAAGUUGCUGGCGUCGUGGCCUUUACGCAGCGUGUCGAGGACGCUAAGGCGACAAUCGAGGCGGAGGAGGAGCGCGAGAUUCCCGACGAAUUCUUGGUCAUGAAGGACCCCGUCAUCCUUCCCGUCUCUCGUGUCACCGUCGACCGCAGCACCAUUCGCGCGUCUCUUUUGUCGAAGGAGUUGGACCCCUUUAACAACGUUCCGAUGAAGUACGAGGACGUGGUUCCAAACACGGAGCUCAAGGCCCAGAUCGACGCGUGGUUGGCCGAGACCAGGGUUGUGCCUCCCAAGGACGUCAUGGACGUCGACGAGUUGUAG